AUGGCUGAAAUGAUGAAGAAUCCAAAAGUAAUGAAGAAAGCAGAAGCUGAGGUGAGAGAGGUCUUCAAUAUGAAAGUCAGGGUUGAUGAGAAUUGCAUCAAUGAAAUCAAAUAUUUGAAACUAGUUGUUAAAGAGACCCUGAGAUUACUCCCUCCAAUUCCUCUUUUGCUUCCAAGAGAAUGUGGUCAAACAUGUGAGAUACAUGGUUAUCUCAUACCAGCCAAAAGCAAGGUCAUAGUCAAUGCUUGGGCAAUUGGAAGAGAUCCAAACUAUUGGACUGAACCAGAGAGGAUUUAUCCGGAGAGAUUCAUUGAUAGCACUAUUGACUACAAACAGAGUAAUUUUGAGUACAUUCCUUUUGGUGUUGGAAGAAGGAUAUGCCCAGGAAGCACAUUUGCUUCAAGAAUUAUUGAACUGGCCCUUGCAAAGUUGUUGUAUCACUUUGAUUGGAAGUUUCCAAAUGGAAUGAUAAGUGAAGAAUAG